AUGAAGGCUACGCUUUUAACUCUUCUUAGCAGCGCUACAGUAGCGGUCUCUGCCGCGGCCCUUCCUGAUGGUGUUCAGGCAGUUGAUAACCCUCUCGAAGGAUAUACGCUUAUUCCGAUGGAAUGGACAGGUUCUAUUAAAGAUGGAGCCGAUCCUAUCACCCUGUCUGGUACUGCUGAGGAGGUUGUUGCUCAGAUUCAGAAGCUCAACCCAGAUUACGUGUUUCCAGAAGGCAACACCAGCGAACCUGAGAUUGAAAAGCGCAGCCAAGGUCAUAUUAUUUGUAAAGUUGGUGGAUUUGGCGCUAUGGAUGUACGAGCCGCCCACCGGGAGAGAAAUUACCUUCGCUCCCUAGGGAAUAAUGUGUGCCAUGUGGGCGCAGGGCCUCACACGUGCACUAAAAUCGCUUGCGCUACUGGCGAUGCUAUCAUCCUUUGCAACGACAACGGGCACGCUAUUUCACCUAGGUGCUCCUACCUAGCUGAUUACAUCGACCACAUCAUCAGAGCUUGCUCAUGGACAGUCAACAGCCCUCCUUGUACCGUCAGGCCUUGCGGCCCUUCUUGGUCUGUCGAUAUGGUCCGAGGGCAACAGUUCGAUUCUGACAACUACAAUGUUAUUGUUGCUAAAGACACUUGCUAG